AUGGAGCAGGAGGUCGCUGGUGGAUCCAUCACGCCGGAAUGGGCGUCGCUUCCGCCGGAUCUCGUCCGGCUCGUUGCCGACUGCGUCCUCUCCACCAGCGGCGUCGACGACUACAUGGCCAUGAGGGCCGUCUGCCCCAGCUGGCGCUCUGCCGUCGCCAAGCCAUCUCCGCACGCCGCGAUCGCCGACCCCCGUUUCCGCCCACGGCAGUGGGUCUUCAUCAACGGGGCAGACGACGACCAAGGCCGGCCCCUCUUCCUCAACGUCUCCACGGGGCGCUUCCGCCGCCUGCGCCUCCCAGUGCUCCGUGACUACAUCUUCGUCGGUGCGUCCGACGGUCUCCUCGUGCUGGGGGACAGUGAGCCCCCGCAUGCCGCUCGUCUCCUCAACCCAUUGACAGGCGACAUUCUUCACUUUGCGGCGCCCAUAUAUCCUGAAGCUUGGGUGGAGACGGCAGUCGCUGGGACUGAACCAACCAUCGUCUUCUCUCUCCCACCGGUCUGUUUCUCGUUUUAUUGUCCUUUGAAGCGAGGUUGGGAAGACGCGGUUUACUCUGCUGAUCCCACGGGCCAGUUACGUGCGAUGAAGUUUCACGAUGCUGCUUCGGACGAUCUAGGCUUGUUCUUCCUUCGGAGCAUGGCCUAUGCGGGCAAUGUUUAUGUGCUCAGUUCUGGAGGAACUUUAUGCAAGAUCGUUUGGACCGGUAGCCACUGGUAUGGGGAGCGAAUAUUGGAUACUGGCAGGGACGACAAUGGUACUCUCCUGGAGUAUGCUGGUAAAUUGCUGCUUGUGAGAAAGGACUCCGAAAUCACUCAAGUUUUCAGUGUGGAUGUCGAGCGGAAGGUGCUUGAACCAAUCAAAAAUAUCGGCAACAGUGCGCUCUUCCUGAGUUAUAGCAAGUGGAUGGUAGUUGAUGCAGAUAAGCUUCCUUCCAUUGACGGCAACUGCGUUUAUAGGGCUGAUGCUGGAAACCAAUUUGAUAGCGUGUACGUGAGAUAUGAGUCAUAUGACCUCAGCGACGGCAAGAGGAAAUACGUCAACUGCCCUCAGGUUCCUCAAGAUGUUUGUGGAGCUGAAAGCGGUACAAUAUAUGAAGGACCUUUGAGCCUUGCUCAGGUGCUUCUCACUCCAUAUCCAAAAGUGAAAGCUCAAGUAGAUCGGUUCCACCAAACCUAG